CUCUCUACCUAUUUAGCUCAGCUCAUAUCACUAGUAAGCUAAUUCAUGAAUUGAACUAGCUAGCAUCAAUUGAAGAAAAGAUUGCACAAUUAUAUUAUUGGCUUUUAUAUUUCAUAUAUAUUUUUUAAAAAAGAAAUCCAAGCUAUAGAAUAAUGGAAAACAGCCAAGAUUUGCAAUCCCAAACACGCCCUUCUUCUCAUCAUGAGCCCAUAAAGGCAUCAUCAUCAUCAUCAAGGUUCAAGAGAAUAUGUGUUUUCUGUGGAAGCAGCCAUGGGAAGAACCCAAGUUACCAGCUUGCAGCUCUUCAGCUGGCCAAUCUAUUGGUUGAGAGGAAGAUAGAUUUGGUUUAUGGAGGAGGGAGUAUAGGUUUGAUGGGACUUGUCUCCCAAGCUGUACAUAAGGGAGGACGACAUGUUUUGGGUGGUGUUUCUCUGCUCUUAUAAGCAGGUCAAAACUACUUAUAAGAUAUUUUUAACUCAUAAGUCAGCUGAUAACUUAUUUCGAUGUGCUUACAGUCUGAUUUAUAAAUCACCGGAGAGACGGUGGGAGAAGUGAGAGCGGUGACGGGUAUGCACCAGAGGAAGGCAGAAAUGUCCAGACAAGCGGAUGCAUUCAUAGCUUUACCCGGUGGAUAUGGGACUCUAGAGGAACUUUUAGAGGUCAUAACUUGGGCCCAGUUAGGCAUUCACGACAAACCGGUGGGCCUGCUGAAUGUAGAUGGGUACUACAACUCACUCUUGAGUUUCAUAGACAAAGCUGUGAAUGAGGGCUUCAUCUCACCAUCUGCCCGUCACAUUCUGGUUUCCGCCCCAACUGCCCAAGAACUCAUCUCCAAACUCGAGGUACACACUUCAUCCAUCCUUUGUCUCUCACAUGUUCCUCAAACAAAACGAAAAAAACGACGUCGUUUCG